GUGCAGUGGGCCGCUGGUCGCUGGGGCUUAGUCCGCUGCCUGCUGGUCCAGUCGCAACCCCAUCCACUCAGUGCCUUUUGUGUCUGACAGAAGAAAAGCGCAAUGGUCGGCCGCGGCUCGGCGCCGCUCUGGGCCGUGCUGCUCUGCCUCAGUGCGCGGCUCGUGACCGGCGACCAGGACCAGCAGCCCUCGGCGCAGCUGAGCUUCACGCCCGACGAGCUGUGGAAGCUUAUCGGGCAGGCGGUGAGGUCCGAGGUGCGGCUGAUCUUCGAAAAAACUGGAUCUGGAGAGGCGGCUGGAAACACUCGACUUCAGCGUGACGGCACUGGAGUCGAGCGUGGAAGCGCUAAAUUCCCGGCAAAAUGUACUCGAUGCCAGAGUGUACGCGACGGAUUCCAGGCUGAACUCAAAAGGAGACACGCUUGAUGCGAGAGUUGAUGACCUGGCUUCGCAGUUAUAUCGUCGUGGCUCUGAGUCGGAUACAAUCCCCGCUAGGCUGGACGAUCAAAAUCAUUCGCUGAAAGCAUUGGGCGCAUCUAUUGAGAGCUGCCAAGUUCAAAUGUCAGAAUGGACAAUAAAACUAGACCAUCAGCAGUCGAGUCUGGAGGACCUCGUCAAAAAGGUGAGCCAGAAUUCGGUCAAGUUAAAUGCGACGAGUGGCCUGCUGAACCAGUCUUUGCAAUCCUAUUACAUGGAGGGUAAUCCAAACGAUUGGCGUCCACGUAUGGAAGAGCUGGCCGAAAAAGUAGAUAACAUAACCUCGCGCGUGAACAAGAUGGCCGCAAGCGGGCCGCAGCUGGAGCAACUGACGGCCGAAAACGACAUGCUACAGCUGACACUAGAUGCGGUCAAUGCCGCACUGAACGCCAGCCGGGGUCAACCCGCCACCCCGCUGCCCCGGGACUGCAGUGACCUGCCAGCGGGCACUGCCAGCGGCAUCCACGUGCUGCAGCCAGGCCUGGACCGAUCCGUGCCACCCACCCCGGCCUUCUGCGACCUGGAGUCGGACGGCGGCGGCUGGACCGUCGUCCAGCGGCGUGCCGACAUCCUGCCGCGACAGGAGUUCUAUCUCGGCUGGCAGGCGUACCGCGAGGGCUUCGGCGAGCUGGAUGGGGAGUUCUGGUGGGGCCUGGAGUCGCUGUGGAGGAUGACCGGCUCGCGGGACAGCCGCUACCAGCUGCGGAUCACGAUGGAGGACUUUGACGGCGAGAGAAGGCACGUGGUGUACGGCACGUUCAGGGUCUCCUCGGAGGCGGAUGGAUACCGGCUGGCCGUGGGUAACUACUCGGGGGACGCAGGAGACGCUCUCAAACGCCAUAACGGGUACCGCUUCAGCACAAAGGACCGGGACAAUGACGUGCACUCUGCAGGCUCCUGUGCCACAAGACACCGAGGGGCGUGGUGGUAUGAGGCGUGUUAUGAUUCCAAUUUAAAUGGACAACCACUGGUUGGACAUAACACAGGUCAGGGUGGAAUUAGCUGGAAUAAGUGGAGAACUUGGGAUUACUCUCUGAAAGCUGCCGAAAUGAAGAUUCGACCGUAGGCACAAACCAAGACUUAAAUGUGUUAUGGUGGUCUCUUGGGCUUUGCGAGCAGCACUCCUUAUGGCAUACAUAUAUACUUCUUAAUUGUAUUUGUCACGUAGCUUGAGUUUUCAUGUAAAUCUCAGGCUACACUAUCAGCGUUUUUUUUUCUUUUAUUUCUGCGGGAUGUCGGUUUCCGCAUUUUUUUUUCGGUUUCUUCGUUUUUCGUUCCGGGCGGCCUCCGCGUGGACGGUGUUGUUUACGGCAUGGUGAUGGAGAAGUGAUCAAAGUAAUUAAUUACUCAUGUUAGAUAUAACGUGUUUUCGCCAAACUAUAGAUAAAUAAUAAUAAUAAAAUUUCUACAAAUAACAAUAAUAUAUUUUCGAUCAUAAUCAUUUGUCAGCUUAAAUACAAUCAACAUAUUUCAAGUAAAAUGAUUGCUUUUGAAACACAUUCUUGUCUUGUUCAUUCAUGGAUCGCCCCAUUUUCUUUUUUUUUCAUUUUAAAAUGUUCCAUCGUCACAAUAUCAUUGGCAACAAUCACUUCUAAUCAUUCAUCAUCUAAAACGAAAUCCCGCAGAAACCGAAAAAAGUUCAAAGCUCUGAACUUUUUUCGGUUCCGAUUCGUCGGUUUUUGCGGGUUUUCGUUCCAUGGAACGCCAGACUGGCAGUAUAGCUUGCCCAGUGCAUUCGCUCUGGGACGAAUUUGACGACGCGAACCGAAAUCCCGCAGAAACCGAAAAAACGUCGAAAUUCAUGCUAGUGUAGGCUUAAGGGUACCUGCUCGCUUAAGAAAUGAACUGUGUCCUAUCGUAACGCAUUGCUGAGCUGCUUCCGUCGUUUCGGUAUGCACAAAAAAUAAUGACACCCAUUAUGCGUGUUUGCUUGUGCAAAAAUGAUAUACUAUUAAUGGGUCACACGACUCUCAUAAAAAAUACAAUGCCUGCCAGAGCUACACCUAGUGACUUUGAAACUUUCAGCAAUCGAUAAAAACAACAUUAUUUACAAAAUGUAUAUCUCGUAAGUUUGAUAUCGGUAACUUUGGGUCAGGUCACUUUUGCGAUCUCCCCCAUUAUCAGUCCAUGCCCAUUGGAGAAAAUUAAAAGGCGCCUCUCUUGGACA